AGGGGCGCGGUGCCGUUGCUACGCGCCGUUGCUGGGCGCCGCGCUGCGUGACCUGCGUGGGGCUCCCGGCUGCCGAGGCGGGAAGCUCGAGCAGCUGCGACAUGGCCGGAGUGUGGCAGCAGCCCUACCUCAAUGUCUUCAGACACUUCAAGCUGGAUGAGUGGAAGCGGUCAACCAAGGAGGGCGACGUGGCCUUGGUGAUGGACAAGACCCUGAGGAGCACCGUGUACCAGAUCUGGGGACCUGUGUCUGCUGGCAACUACAUCCAGCUCCCCAAAACCAGCACGCGGUCUCUGGGGCUGACUGGGCGGUACCUGUACGUGCUCUUCCGGCCCCUGCCCGCCAAACACUUUGUCAUCCACCUGGACGUGUCCACUGAGGACAGCCAGGUCAUCCGUGUGUCCUUCUCCAACCUCUUCAAGGAGUUCAGGUCCACGGCCACGUGGCUUCAGUUUCCCUUCAUUUGUGAGGCCAAGUCAUCCAGACGUACCAUCGUAGGCACAACCUCCCCUGGCACCCAGUGGACCUGCCUACAGCUAGACCUGCAGGACAUCCUGCUCCUCUACCUGAACCGGCGCUACAGGUAUCUGAAGAGUAUCCGGCUGUGUGCCAGCCUGCUUGUCCGGAACCUCUACACCAGUGACCUGUGCUUUGACCCUGCUGUGACUGUGACUGAGGCCCGGCGCAACAAGCUGGCUGUCACUCCCAUGCCACGAGAAAUGGCGUUCCCGGUGCCGAAGGGGGAGUGCUGGCAUGACCGCUAUGUCCAUAUUCGGUUUCCGAGUGACAGCCCAGGAGCGCCCCGUGAGUUGGGUCGGAAGAGCCGAUCCCCUCCUGAGGCAGGCCUCCCGGGGCCUGUGCCGCAGCUCCUUCCGCGUGUGGUAGCUGGCAGCAGAGCCCUGCAGGACAGCGUGUCCCCCAUGGUCCAGACGUCCAGUCCCAUAGCCUCCUGCCGGGCCCCCUCAGUGCCCGCGCGCCUUCCAGAGGUCAGUCUGUCUCGUGAGCUCCUGGAGGCCUCGGCCCAGGUGGGAGCCGGCGACAGUGUCAACGUGUUUGCCCACACGCCAGCCGUAGUGCCUUCGGUCCUGGAGAACGUCGGCUCUCAGGAGGCUGCCAGCAGCAAGCAGAACGGACAGGAGAUGGCUCGGGGCAAGAAUCCCUCUCACCCAAGAAGCUUCCUCCCAGACCCGAUCCUGAGGCUCAAGGGGGUCAUCGGCUUCGGGGGCCAGAGCACCAGAUGGGCCCUAUGGACCAAGGACGGGGCCACUGUUGUGUACCCCUGCCACGCGGUCAUCGUCGCUUUGCAGAUCGACACGGGCGAGCAGCGCUUUUUCCUUGGCCACACAGACAAGGUCUCCGCCCUGGCGCUGGACAGGAGCAGCUUGCUGCUGGCCUCGGCACAGGCGCAGCUUCCAUGCAUGGUGUGGCUCUGGGACUUCCAGAUGGGGGGCUGCCUGUCCAUGUUCCAGAGCCCAGUCCAUGCCAUCUGCUCCCUCAGCUUCUCUGACAGCGGGGCAGUUCUCUGCGGUGUCGGCAAGGACGGCCACGGGAGGACGAUGGUGGUGGCAUGGGGCACCGACCGGGUCGGCCUUGGUGGCGAGGUAGCUGUCCUUGCGAAGGCCAACACCGACACAGACAUCCAGUCCUGGACGGUUGCCUCUGAUGACACCAGGAUGGCAUCGUGUGGGCGGGGAAGCGUGCGGCUGUGGCGGCUGCGUGGCAGGGCAUUGCGCUCCUGCCCGGUGGACCUGGGGGAGCAUCACACGCUGCAUUUCACCGACCUCGCCUUCGAUUCGGGCCAGGAUGGGCCACGCACACUCUAUGUGUGCAGCCGGAGUGGUCACAUUCUGGAGGUGGACGUCCAGCACAUGGCCGUGCGGCACGCCCGCCUCCUGCUGCCCACGCGGCCCACCGGCAGCCUCCACCAGCAGAAGCCGACCUUCACCUCAGGCCCAGGCGUUGCCAUCAGCAGUGUCAGUGUCUCCCCAACCCUGUGUGCCGUGGGCUCUGAGGACCGCUACCUGCGCCUCUGGCCCCUGGACUUUUCCGCUGUGCUCCUGGAGGCAGAGCACGAGGGCCCAGUUAACUCGGUCCACAUCAGCCCUGAUGGCCAGCGCGUGCUGUCCACCACCUCCAUGGGCCACCUGGGCUUCCUGGACACGGUGUCCCGUGAGUACCGCAUGCUGGUCCGCUCCCAUACUGCCUCCGUGCUGGCCUGCGCCACACAGCCGGUCAGUAGGCGGCUUGCCACUGUUGCCCAGGACAACACCGUCUGCAUCUGGGACCUAGCAACUCUGCAGCAGCUGUAUGACCUCACACCCCUGGACGAGGCCCCGUGCGCUGUGGCCUUUCACCCCACCCAGCAAACUCUGUUCUGUGGCUUCCGUAGCGGCGCUGUGCGGUCCUUCAGCCUGACAACCUCAGACGUGCUGGUGGAGCACAGGCAACACAGAGGGGCUGUGACUGGGCUGGCUGUCACUCCUGAUGGCAGCUUCCUGUUCAGCGCCUGUGAUCGGGGUGCCCUGGCCCAGUAUGACUGCGCAGCUCCCCAGUGCUCCGUCCUCCGCGUGGCAGGGAACAUGGUAUGCCAGGAUGCCUGGCCAAGCCCUAACACCCUGGCGGUCAGCGGGGACAGCCACCUGCUGGCCUUCGUGGGCCCCUCCAAGUACACGGUGACUGUGGUGGGCACCGUCUCCCUAGAUGAGCUGCUGCGGGUGGACAUCAGCGCCCUGGACUCAGCCGGUAGCCACCUGGACUCGGCCGUGGCCGUCUGCUUCGGGCCCCAGCCCACCAGCCACCUGCUGGUGUCUACCCUCUCCACCAAAGUCCUUAUGCUGGAUGUGACAUCAGGGCGCAGUGUUAGGGAGCUGUCCGGCGUCCACCCUGUGGCCUGCUCCUCCCUGGCUUUCAGCAAGGACGCCUGCCUCCUGGUGACGGCCAGUGACCGGGCCAUCAAGGUGUGGGACUCCCCGACGCAGGCACGCCCCGGCUGCCAGGUAUACAUCGGGCACUCGGAGCCCGUGCAGGGUGUGGCCUUCACCCCUGACCAGCAGCAGGUCCUCAGCGUGGGGGACACUGUCUUUAUCUGGGACGUCCUGUUCUGCUCUGAGAGGACACCCCGAGGCAGUAUCCGAGGCUCGGCCAGGGCGCCCUCAGUCUGUGAGGCAGGGUCGGCUACAGGACAGCAGGAGGAAGACAGCGUCUCUGGGGCUUGUGGGCUCCCCCGGCGCCAGGUGCCUAUGCCGUCCCAGGCCCGCCUGCCUCAGCUGGCCGUCGGUGCCACACCCUCUGAGGGCAGUGAUGGCAUGUCCUCGGUGUUGGAUGAUGAAGGACCCAGCGAGGAUGACUCCCCUACAGGGCUCCGCCAGGCCCCAGGCGCUGCUGUGCUGGUGGAGAAGGGAGCCGGAGGGGACAGGCCAGGGAGGACCACAGGGGGACCCUGGGGGCUCGGCAAGCCUGCCUGCUCCCACAGUCAGCCCAGUGCCAGCAGCCCCAGGGAUGCCGUGGACCUGCCCACUGCCCGCCCCGACUCCUACAAGCACUUCGUGGCGUGCUUCAAGGCCUCCCAGUUCCCCAGGAGCAUUUCCUUCCCUCCGGCCAGCGGCAGGCCGCUGCGCCUGAAGGCCGUCGUGGGCUACAACGGGAACGGGCGCGCCAACAUGGUGUGGAGGCCGGACACAGGCUUCUUCGCUUACACGUGCGGUGGGCUGGUGGUGGUGGAGGACCUGCACUCCGGCUCCCAGCAGCACUGGCUCGGCCACCCCGAGGAGGUGUCCACGCUGGCCCUCAGCCAUGAUGCCCAGGUCCUGGCCUCUGCCUCAGGCCGUGGCCGUGAGGUCACCUGCUGCCAGAUCCGCAUCUGGGAUGUGUUCACGGGCACCUGCCGGAGGCUCCUUUCUCACCAUGGCUCCGCCGUCCAGGCCCUGGCCUUCUCGCCGGACGACAGGCUCCUUAUCACACUGGGUGACUACGGUGAUCGCACCCUUGCCCUGUGGAGCACAGCCACCUACGAGCUGGUGACCUCCACACGACUUCCGGAGCCGGUACACGGCGUGGCAUUUGGCCCUGGGGACGCUGCCAGGCUCACCUGCGUGGGCCGGGGCGCUGUCACCUUCUGGCUCCUGCAGCAGCGAGGGGCAGACAUCCACCUCCAGGCGCACCGCGCGUCGCUCCCUGUGGAGGUGGGGGCCAGCGAGCUGACGGCGCUGUGCUUUGGCACUGCACCCCUACUCUACUGUGGCUCCAACGCCGGCCAGAUCUGUGUCUGGGACACUUGCUCCAGCCGCUGCUUCCUGGCCUGGGAGGCCGAUGAUGGCGAGAUCGGAGUACUGCUGUGUGCGGGGAUGCGGCUGGUCAGCGGCAGUAACACGCGGCGGCUGCGCCUGUGGGACGUGGGGGCCGUGCCGGAGCUGAGGCUGAAGGGAUCAGGUGCCAGGUCCAGCGCCGUCCUCCUGGAGCGCGAGCUGACACUGGACGGGGCCAUUGUGAGCGCUGCCUUUGAUGACCGCAUAGACAUGGGCAUUGUGGGCACCACGGCGGGCACGCUCUGGUAUGUCAGCUGGGCCCAGGGCAUCAGCACCCGCCUCGUUAGCGGCCACAGGAGCAAGGUGAAUGAGGUGGCCUUCAGCCCCGACGAGUCCCACUGCGCCACCUGUGGCGAGGACGGGAGCGUAAGGGUGUGGUCCUUGGCCAGCAUGGAGCUGGUGAUCCAGUUCCAGGUGCUGAACCAGAGCUGCCUCUGUCUGGCUUGGAGCCCCCCGUCCCACGGACGCCUGGGGCGACAGCGGUUGGCGGCCGGCUACGGUGACGGUGCCCUGCGCGUCUUCAGUGUCUCCCGGACGGAGAUGGAGCUCAAGAUGCACCCCCACCCAUCCGCACUGACGGCCGUGGCCUUCACUGCUGAUGGUCAGACCAUCCUCUCUGGGGACAAGGAUGGGCUGGUGGCCGUGAGCCAUCCCCGCACAGGGAUGACUUUUCGUGUGCUGAGAGACCACCAGGGCGCCGCCAUCUCUGCCAUCCAGACCAGAAGCAAGGAGUAUGGAGAUUUCGGGGUGCCGGGUGCAGACCUGUGGCUGGCCGCCAGUGGGGACCAGCGGGUCAGUGUCUGGGCGGCCGACUGGCUGGAGGACCGCUGUGAGCUUGUGGACUGGCUGAGCUUCCCAGCACCCGCCCCUGCAGAGGCGUCUGGCUGCCUGCCACCCUCCCUUGCUGCCUUCUGUCCCUGGGAUGGUGACCUGCUGGUAUGCGCUGGCCUCGGCCCCCGGGAGGAGCUGCUUCUGUACAGCCUUCGCCAGAAGCAGGUGGUGGAGACGGUCCCGCUGCCCUUCUUCGCCGUGUCCCUGAGCCUGUCCCCGGGGGCACACCUUGUGGCUGUUGGCUUUGCUGAGCGCCUGCUGAGGCUGGUGGACUGUGAAUCGGGGACCGCGCAGGACUUCGCUGGCCAUGGCGACUCGGUGCACCUGUGCCGCUUCUCCCCGUCCACACGGCUGCUCCUCACGGCAGCCCACAACGAGAUCCUAGUUUGGGAGGUCCCAGCUGCUGAGGCCCAGGAGCCGCAGUGCCGGGUGUCCUGGGGCGAGUCUCCCCGGUGACCGCCUGAACAGCUGGGCCUCCUGCCGGCCAGGAAGGCUCAGGGUCGCCGGUGAAGUGGCCCUCCACCCGGGCAGGCCCAGGACUGUCUGUAGCCAAGACCAGCUGCUGUGAAUUUGGGGGUUUGAGAACUGAAAUGCUGUUGGCUUUUUUCUACCUUGUACUGUUUAAAUAAAC